AUGAAUAUGUCUUACAAUUUGUUUUUUUUCUUUUUUAUUCUUGUAAUAAAAUACGUUAACACAAGUGUUACUAAUGAUACAACUUGUAAAAAUGGUUUUUUAAUUCAAAUGAGUGAUCAUUAUGAAUGUAAAUGCAAUUCUGGAUUUGCAUUAACAUCUGAAGAUACCUGUGAACAAAUAGAAUCAUGUGUAGAAGGUUCUUUAAAUAAGCCUUGUGGCAAUUUCUCUAAGUGUGCUAAAGAAGAUGGUGGCUCAAAUGCAUUUAAAUGUGCAUGUGAUUCUGGAUAUGAAUUGAAGGGAUCCGAUUGCAUUCCAAAGGAAUGUGUAGACAUUGAUUGUGAAAAUGGAAAAUGCAUACUAGACCCAAAACAAGACAAUAAAAUUCCAAUUUGCUCAUGUAAAAUAGGCAAUAUUCCAGAUCCAGGAUACGAAAACAAGUGUACAAAAAAAGGAGAAACUUCAUGUACAUUAAAAUGCGAUAAAGAAAAUGAAAUUUGCAAAAAUGUAGAAGGUAUUUAUAAGUGUGAUUGCAAGGAUGGUUUUUCACUUGAUAAGGAAAAAAAUGUUUGUUCUUUUUCACUGUUCAAUAUUUUAAACUUAGGCAUAAUUUUCAUCAUAUCCUUAAUAUAUAUUUAUAUCAUCUGA